AAUCUCGUCUUAUCCUCCUCUCCUCAAUUCUCAAAGCCUUAAAGACUCUCUCUCUCGGUCGUUCUCUGUAUAUGCAUACAUGUGUAUAUACAUUUCUCUGUUACCUCUAUAGCCUUAAAAAUGGCGAACAUUACAGCUCCGAACAUUCUGCACUACAGCAACCACCGCCGCAUCCUCUGCUCUUUCAACUCGACAACUCCUUUCAGCAGCUCUCUCCAUUCCGACAAGUCUCCGUUACUCUCUUUAUCUUCGUCUUUAUCGUCGCGAUGCUUCCGUGUCACCCGAGUAUCUACUGCGCCGAUAGAAUAUGUGUCACCAGCGCCGGACUCUAAUUUCCACGAGGAGCUUUCUCGCCUUAAGACCCUGCGUUUGAAGCUCGCCGGUUGCGGAGCUCUCAAAGGCAAGCACUCCGUGAUUGAUACGGAUUCCAGAGUGAAGAGCUUCUUUGAUAGGCGUAAAGUUUGGCUCUCUAGGGUUUUAGGAUGGCUUGAUUUGGAGGCCGAUUGCUACCAGGUGUAUCUGUUGAAGUGUUUAAUUGCGGCAGGGCAGGAGCACGUGAUUAGCGUGGGGUUUGUGGAGAGUGAAGUGGAGGCGUCCACGAGGAGUUCUGUUAGGAGCGCGCUAUAUGCACUGGUGGAGAUGAUUGAGUAUUGGGAUGUUAGUGGUGGUGGUGAUGAUGGGUUAGGGAAGGGAAUUCACGCCUUGAAUGACGAAGAGAUAGGGGACUUGAAUCAAUUGUUCAACACUUUAAGUGAGAUUGAAGACUUUUAUGAUUGCAUUGGCGGAAUUAUCGGUUAUCAGAUAAUGGUGCUGGAGCUUCUUUCCCAAUCAACAUCAGAAAGGCAGACUACAAAUUGGUCCCAUCACAUAACGAAAUCUAAGGAAUGCCAGUUUUUGGAAAUUCAUGCUCCAAAUGUAUUAGACCUCUCUAGAAACACCGAAUAUGCAUCUCAGGCUGCUAUGUGGGGAAUUGAGGGCUUACCAGACCUAGGUGAGAUCUAUCCUUUGGGAGGCGCUGCAGACAGGCUUGGUUUGGUUGAUCCUGAUACGGGCGAAUGUCUGCCUGCUGCAAUGUUACCUUAUUGUGGACGGACCUUAUUGGAAGGUCUUAUAAGGGAUCUUCAGGCUAGGGAGUUCUUGUACUACAAGAUCUAUGGAAAACAGUGCAUCACACCUGUUGCGAUCAUGACAAGUUCAGCUAAAAACAACCAUGAACAUGUCACUUCUCUUUGCAAAAGACUUGCAUGGUUUGGGAGAGGCCGAUCAAGCUUCCAAUUUUUUGAACAGCCUCUUGUUCCUGCUGUUAGCGCAGAGGAUGGUCAAUGGUUGGUUGCAAGACCAUUUUCACCUGUCUGCAAGCCUGGUGGGCAUGGUGUUAUUUGGAAACUUGCUUAUGACAAAGGCAUCUACCAAUGGUUCUAUGACCAUGGCAGAAAAGGUGCAACAGUCCGACAAGUCAGUAAUGUUGUGGCAGCUACAGAUUUGACCCUCUUGGCUUUGGCAGGGAUUGGUUUACGCCAUGGGAAGAAAUUGGGCUUUGCAUCCUGUAAGCGGAAUCCGGGGGCUACCGAAGGAAUUAAUGUUUUAGUUGAGAAGAAGAAUCUUGAUGGGAAGUGGGGCUAUGGUUUGUCUUGUGUUGAAUACACCGAGUUUGACAAAUUUGGAAUAACAAGCGGUCCUUGCUCCUCUAUUGGUUUGCAGGCCAAUUUUCCUGCCAACACAAACAUUUUGUAUGUGGAUUUACCUUCUGCAGAGUUAGUUGGCUCAAGUAAUGAUAAAAAGAGUUUACCAGGAAUGGUACUAAAUAUUAAGAAGCCAGUUGUAUAUCUGGAUCAUUUCGGAGAAUGCCACAGUGUCCAGGGUGGCAGGCUUGAGUGCACAAUGCAAAAUAUUGCAGACGAGUUCCUCAAUACAUAUUCAUCUAGAUGUUAUAAGGAUGUAGAAGAUAAGCUAGAUACCUUCAUUGUGUAUAAUGAGCGAAGAAAGGUCACAUCAUCUUCGAAGAGGAAGAGAAAACACACUGACAAGUCUUUGCACCAGACUCCCGAUGGUUCACUGUUAGAUAUCAUGCGGAAUACCUAUGAUCUUCUGUCCCAUUGUGAUAUUAGACUUCCUAAGAUUGAAGGUAAUGAUAAAUAUGUUGAUUCUGGACCACCAUAUCUCAUCCUUUUGCAUCCUGCUCUUGGCCCAAUUUGGGAGGUCACCAGACAAAAGUUUAACGGAGGAUCCAUAUCCAAGGGAUCUGAGUUACAAAUUGAGGUCGCAGAGUUCUUGUGGAGAAAUGUUCAGCUCGAUGGGAGCCUGAUAAUUAUUGCUGAGAAUGUUUUGGGUUCCCCCAGAAUUGAUCCAAGUGGCGAUCCAAUUGUACAGUAUGGGCACAGGUGUGGAAGAUGUAAAAUGCAAAAUGUCAAAGUUCUGAAUGAAGGAAUAGACUGGAGUUCGGGAGAGAAUAUAUUUUGGAAGCAUGAUGUGCGGAGAUUCGAGGCAUUUAAAGUCAUAUUGCAUGGAAAUGCUGAAUUUGAAGCCAAUGAUGUAAUCCUGCAGGGAAAUCAUGUAUUUGAAGUCCCAGAUGGAUACAAAUUGAAGAUCACGUCAGGAAAUCCAGGUUUAGCAGUCGAGCUCAAUUCAAUUGAACCAGACAUGAUGGAAACUGGAAGCUGGUUUUGGAAGUACAACAAGAAGGGCACGAACAUUCUCUUGGAAUUGGUAGAGUUGUGAAUUAUGGACCACCUCCUUAAUCUGCUCCUUGUGAAUCAUGGUUCACAGAUUGAUUUGGAGCUCUUCUUCACAGCAUGGACUCAGUUCUGAUUGGUUGAACACAAGUUAAACCUCUUACAUCUAGGAUCUUUUCCAACAAUAUAUUGAAUUAGAGCCUCAUAAUAAUUGUAACAUCCCAGGUACUUCUCAUGUAAACUUUAGUUUUUUUCCCCCUUUGUUAUGGGAGAUGGGUGAGCAGAUGUAAAUCAUGUAUUUGGAUCUUCUGAUGUAAUAGACAUGCUAAAUCUUUAUAAAGGUCUCUAUAAAUGUAACUUUAUUGGAUU